UUACGUUAGCAGCUAACCUCUUCCGGGUCAGUCCGUACAUGAGUAGAGUGACAGUAGCAGCGAAAAGUAAACUCUUAAGUUUUUCAUUUGUUUUUUUUAUUACUUAACAAACUAAGCUUGUUACAUUAAUAUAUUAUCAGUGUUUUUUGUUUUAAAGAAAAAUGGUGUUUUACUUCACAAGUGCCGUGGUGGACACCCCAUUCACCAUCUACAUGGGAAAAGAUAAAUAUGAAAAUGAGGAUCUGAUUAAAUAUGGCUGGCCUGAAGACAUCUGGUUUCAUGUUGACAAACUCUCCUCUGCUCAUGUUUAUCUAAGAAUGCCAAAGGGUAAAACCAUUGAUGAUAUUCCUCCAGAGGUGCUAAUAGACUGUGCACAGCUGGUGAAGAACAACAGCAUCCAGGGCUGUAAGAUGAACAACAUCAAUGUGGUCUACACCCCAUGGGCCAACUUGAAGAAAACAGGAGAGAUGGAUGUUGGACAGAUUGGCUUUCACAGACAGAAAGAGGUGAAGAUUGUAGCUGUGGAGAAGAAGAUCAAUGAGAUCGUAAACCGUCUAGAGAAGACGAAAGAAGAGCGCUAUCCCGACCUGGCGGCAGAGAAGGAGGCAAGAGACCGGGAGGAGAGGAACGAGAAGAAAGCUCAACUUCAGGAACAGAAGAGGAUAGAGAAGGAAGAGCAGAAGAAGAAAAAGGAGAUGGAGGAUCUCAGGAAUUAUACUUCACUGAUGAAGAGUGAAAAGAUGAAAACCAAUGAGGACGGCUAUGACUCGGACGACUUCAUGUGACGCCUGCAAAUACAACGGCUGUGCAGAUGAUGGUCUGGAAGCCCCUCCCCUUGCUGCACCUCUUUACAGACUUUGAAUUAAAGAAAAUCAAAACAAACAAGCAUAUACUGCUUUUGGACACUCGGAGUGGAAAAUAAACCAUCGGGGAUUGACUCGGCGUUUGAUGAUUCAGGAGUUGUUUUCUUACGGAGCUGGUUGAGCUCCUCGUUGAAAGAACUGGGUGUGUCCGACAACACUGAUUAAUAAGGAGACUGUUUGGGGGAGAAAACCUAGACCACAGAUUCAGUUUUUACAGUUGUAUCAAUGGUGAUAAAACUGGUGUCUGUAUGGAUGUCUGUUUGUUUCAGUCACUCGAUUCAACAGCAUUUUGUUGAAGCUGCUUGGGAUUCUGCUUCCUUUCUCAAUCUGCUCAUUUUAUUUGCAUGUCAGAUUUUAUUAAACACAAUUCAAUGUAUA